UAGCUUAGGAAUCCAUUGUCCAUUUCACAAAAUCACAGACAAAAGUAGGGACACAUUUUUGUGGUAGUUUGUAGCUACAAUCACAGACAGGAAGCCGCUCCCAUUGCAUAUCUCUGAAGGCCCUUCUCUGUGAAGGAUUCAUUUACUCUGCAAUGGAUAGAAAAAAGGGGGGACAUACUGUAUAGCAAAUAUCUUCACUAUAACUUGCCCCUAAAUAUCUAGUGUAUUUCAGGCUCCUGCAGGUUCUCCCCCAGACAUAAGAACAUGAGAAAGGGCCCUGCUGGAUCAGGCCAGUGACCCAUCUAGUCCAGCAUCCUGUUUUCCCCAUGAUUAACCAUAUGCCCCUGGGAAACUCGUGAUCAGGAUCUGAGCCCCAGAGGACACUCCCCUCCUGAGGUUUCAGAGGAACCACUGCCUUGGACCCAGCCAUCGUGAAUAGUAGCCACUGAGAGUCUUGUCCCCAAACAAUUUUAUAUUGUGAAAAUCUUCCAUGUUUAGAAAAUACUCUAAUAUUUUCUCCAUUUUUAAAAUAUAACCACUCUGCUACAAUACAUUUCAGAUGCGGGUGGCGUUGUGGUCUAAACCACAGAGCCUAGGGUUUGCCGAUCGAAAGGUCGGCGGUUCAAAUCCCCGCAACAGGGUGAGCUCCCGUUGUUCGGUCCCAGUUCCUGCCAACCUAGCAGUUCAAAAGCAUAUCAAAGUGCAAGUAGAUAAAUAUGUACCACUCUGGUGGGAAACGGUGUUUCCGUGCGCUGCUCUGGUUCACCAGAAGCGACUUAGUCAUGCUGGCCACAUGACCUGGAAGUUGUCUGCGGACAAACGCCGACUCCCUUGGCCAGUAAAGCAAGAUGAGCGCCGCAACCCCAGAGUUGUCUGUGACUGGACUUAACGGUCAGGGUUCCCUUUACCUUUACAAUACAUUUAUAAUGUUAAUUGCAAAAGCCAUUCUAAAGCAUUCUGCACUUCCUUAUAUUUCAGAAAUGCACAUGUUAGCAUGCCACCAAGGAAACCGGGACAACUGGCAGGCCCCAAACUGGCUCCAGCUCUGCUGGCCGAUCUCAUUAGUGGAUGUCCGCUCCUUGGUGCAGAAAUGUGUCAGAAAUGCAGAAGUGGCACCGUGAGGCUUGUGUCUCAGGGGAAGGAGAACUUAGAGGAUCCUCCUGUGGCUUUUCCUCCUGCCCUGAAGUGGAGGAUCUGGGACUUCUGUGAUAUUCAUCCCUUCCUGGAGGCUGUCAUGAAGAAAUUCAGAGAAAACGUAACUUUGGAUCCAGACACAGCAAAUCAUUACCUCAUCCUGUCUGAGGAUCGAAAGAGAGUGAUUCGGGGGAAAGUCUACCAAGACCUGCCAAACAACCCUGAGAGAUUUGACAUGCGUGGCUAUGUGCUGGGAUGUGAGGGGUUCACAUCAGGCAGACAUUUCUGGGAGGUCACUGUGGGAAGAGAGGAGAGAUGGGGGGUGGGGGUUGCCAGAAGAUCUAUAAAGAGGAAGUGUCUUUUCUCUUUUGCUCCUAGGGAAAGGAGUCGGGUAAAAGAGUGUCAAGAGAUGGCAAACAACCCUGAGAGAUUUGACACACAUGUCUAUGUGCUGGCAUGUGAGGCGUUCAAGGAAGACAGAUAUUUCUGGGAGUUGAUUUUGAUGAGAGAGGGGGAAUGGGCCAUGGGGGUGGCCAGAGAGUCUGUGAAGAGGAAAGGCAAUUUAAUCCCUGGUCCUAAGGAAGGGGUUUGGCGCAUAGGGAAGUGGGGUGAUCAAUACAGGGUCUCCACCCACGAUGGGCACCCUGUUUCGAUGCUGGGUGGGGAGCCCAAGAGGAUCCGAGUGGCCCUGAACUGUGAAGGGGGACGGGUGUCCUUUUACGAUGCAGAUACAGCAGAUCUCCUUUGCACAUUCCCGGCAGCCUCCUUCUCAGGAGAGACCCUCCAGCCCUUCUUUUACAUGUUUGCCAGAGGCCACCUGACAGUCUCUUGAGUGUAGAGACAGACAAGUUCCCCAGUUCCCUGCUUUUCAGUGCCAGCAGUCCUAAAUCAUCAGAGAGAUGCACAACAUCAAAGCGCUUCAGGAGCCCUGACCCAGACAACAAAGCAAUAAAUCACAGAGGCAAUUAAGCACAGACAAAAGUAUUUUACUACCGGGUCAAAAGCAUAAUGGUUCCCAUUUACAGUGUUUGUAUCCUUAAGCGUUUGUUAGUUAGAGUUUUCCAGGCUUUGCUUUUCGCGACCCGCAAUGCCCUGCUCUUCCCUCUCUUGCAUUCUGUCGGCUUGCCAGAUAAAUGCAGACUAAACAUAGUUUUUAUACAGCUUCUGUUAGAACAGAAGCAGCUCCUCUCGCAGAUGUGGCCUUGACGAAAGGUCCAGCUUUCUGAAUCCUCUGGAAUCUUCGAGAACUUUCAGUUAGUUCUGGAAAGAAUGAACAUGAAAUUCUCCGUAACGUGAAAUUCCAUUACCUGAAGGCAAUGUAUCUAGAUGUAUGACUGCAUAUGUUUUUAGAGAUCACCUCUUAUCCUUUUGUGUAACAUGUCUGAACAAAUGUUCCAUGUGUUAACCUGCUUGAGUUUAUUAAAUAUGCUUCUUCUUGUUGCUCCUACCGUAUGUUAUUUCAGACUCGGUGGUGUAAUAGCCCCAUCCACCCCACAUGACACCCCCCCCCCGGAUAUAAACAGGGUGAUAUCCCAUCUGAUCCCCACAGCAAUAGUUUGCCACACCACCCCCACUUUGUUACUUAACCAUUUUGUUGUAAGAAUAACAGAUGCUCACAAUGUUUCCAUGAACAAAGAGGGGACACUAAGUAUCUGUAUAUACCCCGUAUGUUCCAGCUUCCGACUAACACUGUCUGUAUUCUUUGUUCCCUUUGUUUUAUUAUAUUCUUGUUUUAAUGCAUGCACUGUAAUCAAAUAUACCAUGCCAUGUCCUGUUUUCAUAAAAUUUUAUCCUUUGUAUAAAACCUGUAUCUCCUUGUAACCAAAUUAUAAGGAAACUUGGUUUCACGCUGGCUGCUACUGUUGUCAAAAUGUAUUCUCCAGCGCCACCUACUGGGUCUACAAUGAAGACACAUGAAUAUACAAGUUUAGAAUAUUUUACUGUAUUGAAAUAAAGGUAUCUGAAGAAGUGUGCAUGCACACGAAAGCUCAUACCAAAAUAAAAAACUUAGUUGGUCUUUAAGGUGCUGCUGGAAGGAAUUUUUAAAUUUUGUUUCGACUAUGUCAGACCAACACGGCUACCUACCUGUAACUGAAAUAAAGGAAACACUGAUUAGGACCAAAAUAAAACAAUUCCUUCCAGUAGCACCUUAGAGAGCAACUAAGUUUGUCAUUGGUAUGAGCUUUCGUGUGCAUGCAACACGUGUGAUUAGGACAUCACACCCACACUGAUUAGCGGCUCCCAAUCUCCUGUCUCAUCUUCAGACAGUUCCAUUGUUUUCCUGUAGAUACAGUGGUGCCUCACUAGACGAACGCCCUGUAAGUCAAUUUUUUCGCUUAACAAAUCUAUUUUUCGAGUGAAGGUUGCCUCGCUAGACGAAUUCGCUUUACAAAAAAUGUGUCUAGCAAAUCGCGGUUUCCCAUAGGAAUGCAUUGAAAUUCAAUUAAUGCGUUCCUAUGGGCAAAAAAUAAAAAUAAAAAAAUUCAAUGCAUUCCUAUGGGAUUUGCUAGAUGAAUUUUUCGUUAUAAGAAUUGACCCGUGGAAUGAAUUAAAUUCAUCUAGCGAGGCACCACUGUAUAGGAAAAACAAAUUAACACUUGUCAAAUACAACCCAAACACUUCUUGUAUACCGUAGCAAUCACAAACUAACACCACCAUUUGACCCUUCCUCAACACACCACUUACCUGUGAAAAAUCCUCUUCAACAUAUUUUGCAGCCGUGCCUCUUCUGACAUCUACUGUAUAGAGAUUGAAGGGUAUAAAUGUAAAGGAUAUCUUUUGUUCAGGGUUCCUCCUCCAACGCCUGCAGCGUGAGUGGGAACCCUGUUGCC